ACCCUGCUCCGGACACUUUCACUUUAGUCCAGCUUCACGAACGGUGUGGAUGUGCGCAAUUUCUCCGAGCUCCUGGACAACAAAGACUUGAUCAAACAUGAAGUUUGCUCUGUGCCUGGCGGCUCUGGCGGCCGUCUACUGCUCCGUGGACUCCACAUACAGUUCACCCAAGGUCCAGGUGUACAGCAGUGCCAAAGGAAAGUUCGGAGAGGGCAACACCCUGAUCUGCAACGUGAGGGACUUCCACCCACCUGACAUCACCAUCGAGCUGCUGCAGGACGGAGUGGCGAUCCCUCAAUCCAUGCAGACGGACCUGUCCUUCAAACAGAACUGGCAAUUUCAUCUGAUGAACACCGUGCCCUUCACUCCCCUCGAUGGACACAAGUACAGCUGCAGGGUCACCCACGUCAGCAGCGUUAAACACUAUGGCUGGGAGCCAAACAUGUAAAAGUAAGCCCAGCUUGGUGAGUGGACUUCUUCGGCGAGGCUUCUCCACCAGCAGGGACGUCACACCUGAGCGCCGCAGCAGGAUGUCGUUGCGUUCUGCUGCCCGACGCCGUGCCGUGAUGUUUCUCCUCGUGGAGGAGCCUGUCCAGGUGACUUGGCUCCAGCUACAGUGACGAUUAAUCUUCACAUCUUCAAUCAAAAGGAUCCCAGACGCUGACAGCUUUUCUUGCUUUUCUAUUUUUCACAGAACCAAACAACAAAAUCUUAUUGAGGGAACUAUUAUUGUUAAAUGAAGAGAAGAAUGAACAGGGCAUGCUGGCAAUUUAGUCCUUUGUAAUUUAACAACUUAUUUUCCAGCCUUUGAUAGUGACGAUUGCGUGUAUAUGUUUUUAAGAAGUAAGGAAAUGUGCUUGUUUAUUGAUCUUAUUGGCUAACAUUUAAAUUUGUGUGUGACCUUAACUGUUUUUCUUUCCUAAAUUGGGUAUUCAAAUGUAAACUGCUCAGACAAAUGAUAGAUUCAUGGGUUGUUCUUUCUGCGCUUGAUGGUAUGCGGGUGUUUUCCUAGUGGGUCAGUUAAGAGUUUUGUUUAUUCUCACUACUAAAUAAAUGUCCCUUAAAAAUAUAUCUACGUAUUCACUUUUUAGAUCCAAACCUCUACAAUUCACACAUUUUAUUCGACAAAUAUGUGUCAUUAUGUUAAAUUUGUUUAUGACCAUUGCAGUCACUUAUUGUGAUGUGUGGCUGUUUGAAUAAAGGGUUCCACCUGAGACAUGUACAUGACAUGUCUUCACUGGGCAGUCUCAUACUGAUUCCAUAGUUGUCUCAUGUAUUAAUAAUUGAUAUGAAUAAUUGAUGACGGCCACUGUUCUAGUUGCUCUUUGAGUUUAACUUUAUCAAUAAAAAAUGCUCAAAUAAACCAGGAUACCAGGUGAUGGCAACAACAACGUUAGAUAUGUUUUCCAUUUUUCAUUGGGUGAGAACUUACUUUAUGAAUAAAAUGACGAAUAAAAGGAUUUUGGUUUGAUAA